CAUGGAGAAAGAACCCCUAUGGUCAUUGCUGGUCCGUAUCCAAAAGAUCCAUAUAAAAAUUAUACUUAUGAACCUUAUGGACCAGGAGCAUUAACGAUGACUGGAAAACAAACUCUUUUCAAAUUAGGAAAAUACUUAAAAUCGUUGUAUUGCGAUCUGUUAGAAGAUUAUCAUAGAGACACCGUUUAUGCGUUAUCUUCACCAUUUCCUAGAUGUCGCAUUUCAUUGUUAAUAGUUUUAGCGGCAAUGUUUCCACCGGAAAAAUCUCAAUGUCUCGCUAAUGACCUAAAUUGGCAACCGAUACCUUACGAAUCAAAUGGAUUUUUUACUGAUACUACAUUUUUAUCUUUUGUAAAUUGCGAUAAGUUUACAUAUUUGUAUCAAGAAGAAACCAAAAAAUCGGUAAAAAAUAACGAUAUAAAAAAUUUUAAGGAAAUACUCGAAAAAUUAUACGAACACACCGGAGCAAAAUUUUCGAGCUAUCGCGAUUUAUUUAAUUUAUCUCUACACCUAAAAUUACAAAAAGAAUUUGGUCUUCGGCUCCCAAGUUGGGCCAAAGAAUUCAUGCCCAUACUCGAAGAAUUUGAAAUUCUUACUUAUAACAUAUCAGGAAGAACAGAAGAACUUAAAACGUUAUCUGGAGGAUUUAUUUUAACGGAAAUAAUAAAUUCAAUCAAAUCAAAACUACAUAAUCCAAAAAUGAAUUCGCGCAAAAUUCAUUUAUAUUCCGGUCAUGAUUUUACAAUUGCCAAUUUAAUGGGAGCUUUAGGUCAAUAUUCGAACAAAAUAAUCCCUUACGCUUCAUUUCUUUCGUUUGAAUUACAUCAAAUAAAUAAGGAAUACGCUGUGAAGAUUCUUUAUCAUCAACGAUCAUAUGAUCGCCCAAAACCUCUUUUAUUGAGAGGUUGUUUCCAAGAAUUGUGUCCUUUAGACACUUUUUUAGGAAUUUAUAGCAAAUACAUGGCAACACCCGAAAUGUGUAUAUUAGACGAACAAUUUAAAUUAUCAAAUUCUUCUGAAUACUUUCACUUUCGUAAAAAUUAA